CUCUCACUCUCUCUCUUCGUCCUUUUUCUCUCUGAGAAGCACAGAAGCAAGUUAGCUUUGUUUCUUUUUCUUUAUUUUCUUCUUAUAUAUCGUCCAUGUUUUUUUGCUUUGAAUUCUGUGUUUAUCGCCAUGGGAGCGUAACUUUUCCUUAAACCAGGAAUCCGUCUUGUGAGUUCGUAGACACGACAUGGUUUCGCUUCUAACAGGAAGAGAAUAAAACGUCACGCCGGUUUUUGAAUUUUGUUCGAUUUUUGUCUUAGUGUUACUUACAGCUUUUGAUGCGUUUGCUUGAGUAGAUUAGUUUAAUUUCGUUGGAUCACAUUGGGAUAAUCUCUGAGAACGUUUUCUUACGGUAGUUUUGAUAUUUAAGUUUAGAGUGGAGCUGUUUUUUGAAGUCAUGGAACGUUUUGGGCUUAAAACAUGGAUCUGGAUAUGACUGCGAUGAACUGAGUUUGAACACUUUGUUCUUCUCUUUGCUUUUAAGAGAUUUUUUUAAAUGUAUGUAUGGAUCUUUGUAACCUUUUCUUUGAUUAAUUUGGUAGAUUUGAAACGCAGUUUUUAUCUGAAAAUUUCGUGUUCUUCCAUAUGGAUGAAUAUGAUUUGUAAUGGUAGGUAUUGACAUGAUAUUUUCUGUUUUCCUUUGCAUUUGGUUUAGUAUUUGGAAUUUGCUUCAACUAGUUGUGGCGGAUCUAAUUGGCUGCUAAUCAACUUUUUUUAUGCCUGUGUUGAAGAUAACUUUCUCAUACGUAAUUAAAUCUUGCUAGUUUAAUGCUUCUUGAUAUGAUAAUUAUAGAAUUAGUUGAAGAUAAGAAGAUAUGCUGUAGGGAUGUCAUGUUAUGAAUGGAUUUUGCAGAUGGAUACAGUUCAAAUAAAAAGCAAAGGUACUUGCAGCGAAGAUAUGUCACCUGAGCCGUCUGUUUCUCCGGAAAUUUCGAGUUCAUGGGAUGACUUUGGAGAUUCUGAGGCUCUUCCUCAAAUUGGGGAUGAAUUUCAAGCAAUAAUUCCCCCUCUUAUGGUCAAAUCAGACUAUUUAGAGCUUUUGAAAAGUCAAGCUGAUGGUUUGCAUGAUAUUUAUGUUGGAUUUCCUGCACCGGUAGCUCGUAUUGAUGAUGUUGGGAUUCUGAAACAGAUGCAAACUAAUGGUAGUAAUAAUAUUGUUUUGGCAUCAAACCAAAAUGACUUAGAAGCUAGUGAGGCUAGAACCUGUGAUGCCAUGGAAAACAAGGAUUUUCUGUUGCAUCAAGAAAUGAAGAUGAACAUGAAUGAAAACAAUGUUGAUAAUGGCCAAUGGGUGAUUCCUGUUUCCUUGAAUGAUUCCUGGAGUGACAUGGAAAUGGCUAGUCUUCUACUUGGAUUAUACAUUUUUGGGAAGAACCUCGUUCAGGUGAAGAAAUUUGUUGGAACAAAACAGAUGGGUGAUAUUCUUUCAUUCUAUUAUGGGAAAUUUUAUGGAUCUGAGAAAUACCGCAGAUGGUCGGCAUGUCGUAAAGCAAGAGGCAAGAAAUGCAUUUGUGGACAGAAGUUAUUUAGUGGCUGGAGGCAACAGGAGUUGUCAUCUCGCUUGCUUUCCUCAUUAUCAGAGGAAAAGCACAAUACCUUUGUGGAGGUUUCUAGGAGAUUUGUUGAGGGUAAAGUAUCGCUAGAGGGAUAUGUAUUCUCUUUGAAAGCUACAGUUGGGUUAAAUGCACUUGUAGAGGCUGUUGGAAUUGGUAAAGGAAAACAAGAUCUCACCAUCCCCACCAUGGAUCCAAUUAAGUCUAAUAACGCUCAUCCUGCCCGGCCAGAAAUUCCAGUUGGUAAAGCAUGUUCCACACUAACACCUGAUGAAAUCGUCAAAUUUCUAACAGGAGGUUUUAGGUUGAGCAAAGCCCGAUCGAGUGAUCUCUUCUGGGAGGCUGUUUGGCCCCGCUUGUUAGCAAACGGGUGGCACUCCGAGCAGGCUAACAAUUACGUUACUACUUUUGGUUUAAAACACUCUUUGGUGUUCUUGAUCCCUGAUGUGAAGAAAUUCUGCAGAAGAAAACAAGUUAAGGGAGAACAUUACUUUGAUUCCAUUAGUGAUGUCCUGAGUAAGGUUGCUUCAGACCCUGGGCUUCUUGAUCUUGACAUUGUUGUAGAAAAACACUGCAGUGACAAGGAAAGUAGUGAGCUGACUGGCAAAACAAAGCAGGAUCAGGAAGAUUUCCCUAGUCAGCAACGUUACUGCUAUCUUAAGCCACGAACUCCUGUUCAUAGUGCAGAUACAAUGAAAUUCAUGGUUGUUGAUACAAGUUUGGCUGAUGAAAGCACACCUAAAGUCCGAGAACUACGAAGUUUGCCAGUCGAAUUUACAAAUAUAUAUUCAUCCAAAAGUAGUUCUGAAGAUGAUGAGCAUAUUUCUUCAGAGAUUUUGAUGGAUGAUACUCAUUCUGAUAAUACUAUGCAUUUUGACAAGGAAGCAACUGACAUUUCCAAAGCCACAAGAGUCAGCUUGGAUAAAGAAGUUCAUAUUGAUGAGGAAACUUGUGUAGAUAAUUCUUCAAAUAAUGAGUCUCCGGAUGAUGGCAGCCUACAUUCUACUAAUAUCAACGUGAAAAUUCAGGAGGAUAAGCAAUCUUUACUGGACAACACACAAGAAAGAAAGGCUAUUCAGUGCCAAAUGAGCCAGGGAAACCCCAAAUCUGAUAUUGAUAUCACUGCUUAUACCAAACCAAGCUGGGAAUUAAACACUUGCAGCCAACAAGCAAGCUACAGUUCAUUUAAAAUAUUCACAGGUCCUGAGCUAAAAGAUCAGGAGCACAGUUCAUUUGAUCGUUACGAUUUAAACCGCGACAUUCUCGUACAAAUCGAUUCGUCCAAGGAGAACUGGCCAUUGUCUUCUUUGUCCAGGAGCAGUACAGUUACUAGUUGUAUUGAUGUUCCACAAAGUAGACAUGUUCCUCAUUCUUUGAUCGACCUUAAUUUGCCGAUUCCUCAAGAUUCCGACAGCCAUGGAAGCUCCACCACAGAAAUGAAAGAACUAAAAAGUGUGGAUAUUUCAGAACGUGACUCAACCAUGGUUUCUAGACGACAAAGUAAUCGAAACCGACCACCGACAACUCGAGCUCUCGAAGCUCAUGCUUUAGGACUAUUGGAUGUAAAACAGAAGCGAAAGAGUAGGGAUGUCUUUCUAGAAGAGAAUUGUAUGUUGAGAACUUCUGAGCAGGCUCAUGCCAAGGUGAGACACACAGAUAAGUUUGAACUAGAUGACAGAGAAAGUACUAUUUGCAAUGACAAUGGUAAUAUGUUCCAAAAACUGGAAGCUUAAUUAGACAUAGAACAAAUGCUACUUUGUAAUCUAUUUGAGCCUUAUGGUGAACCAACUCUCCUUGCCAACUUCGACCAGUUCUCGGUGGUAAUUCAGAAACCAAGCCCCUUUAGUUGUCUCUUAAGUUAUUUUUUGCUGCACACAGUUCGUAUCUCGGCCAACGUUUCUCUUCGAUCGCUCCGUUCUCGAACGCUCCUCGUUUUUGCUCUGCACAGUGUCCAGUGGUGAAAGUAAAACAUGUCCUUCAUCUUCCCAUCCUCAGAAAGAGAGCUGGUGAUUAUGCUAUACGCUCCGUCCACCCGGCUAUGUCGAAUGUAAAUAUCGAACAAGAAGGUUAAGGAGGUCUGGAAUGGAUUACUUGAGUGUAGAAUCAAUGGCAGAAGGUUGGUGUAUCUGUUUCCUUUUUAGAGCAUACAGAUUCCAGAAGCUAAACAGCUAAUUAUUGUGCAGGUUCUAAGUUCUUACCUUUUGAAUGGAAUGGAAGAUGGGCAUUGUUUGUUUAUUCAUUUCUCUUUGGAAAACAGAAGUUUAGACAAAGAACCAAUGGAAUACCUUAGAACCAAGUAAUCAUGUUGAACUGUUUUGGUUUGCUGAGUUUUUAUUAUUUUAGAUCUUGUAAAGUUUUUAUUAUCAAUUCAUGGACACGUUUGCGUUGA